ACCUGAGCAGUAAACAAGCUCCUUUCCCUUUGUCUGAGAUUUGGUUUGCUCAGGAGACUGAAAACUUUGCCUCAGCAGCUUCGUCUUAUUUAGAUCAGUUUUUAUUUCAGCCACAUUUCACUUAGACAAAUUAAAAUGCCAUCUCAUAUUAUGCUCUCUUACCAGUGGGACGACCAGGCUCUUGUGAAAAAGGUCUACAACCGCCUCAAAGACGAUGGACUACCUGUGUGGAUGGACAUAGAAGGAGGGAUAACAGGAAACAUCAACGACGCGAUGGCUGCAGGUGUGGAGGACGCCGCAGUGAUUUGUCCUUUCAUGACUCCAGAAUACCAGGCUUCACGCAGCUGUAAGAAGGAGCUGAAUUACGCAGAAAGCAGGGAGGUCAUCAUCGUACCAGUGAUGUUGGCUGAGAACUGGGAGGCCAGUGAGUGGCUGGGUCUGAUCACUGCAGGCCUGCUGUGGGUGGACUUCAGAAACGCAGAGCGGGAUGAAGAGAACUUUGAGAUGUGUGUCAAAUCUUUGGAGGAGGAGAUCAUGUUCAACGCCGGUCACCUCCUGACGGUGGAUGAGCCUCCCAGAGAAGAGGUGGACCAGGCAGAAACACCAAAGAUCUGUCUGAAAAAGAAACCAGGCCGAAGUUUUCGCCAUGCCCUCUCACAGCUCUACAUCCAUGAGUCAGAUGAGCAGUUAAUCCACCCAACUACCGACAGCAGAAACUCAGUGGAGCUCAGUGACACGCGUGGAGAUCAGUGUUACUGGGAGGAGAUUAAAGGCAGCGGCUGUAAAUACUACAGGAAUGUUGUUACCAACAGGUUCCUCGGGUUUGACUCAAACAGAAACCAGAUCCACUCUGAGGCCAGUCCCUCUGUCUCCGAAGAGUGGCUACUUCUGGUGGACCAGACGGACCAGAGCCAUAAGAGAGCCGUCGUCAUCAAGAACAAGCGCACAGGGAAGUUCCUGGCAGUUCAAAAUGGCCGCUUCACUGGACUGACGUCCUACAACGGAGACUGCAAGUGGUUUUUGGAAUGAAGCAGUCAAACCUUGUGUAUAUUUUUGAUGUGGUUGCUUCUGUCAAAGACACAUUUGUUGAGGAAGAAAUCUGCUGCAUGACAAAGCACUACUAAGCAAAAUGUGAUGGAGGUUUGGUAGAAAUAAAAUUUACAAUUGCUACUGUGAAAUAAAAAAAAACAACACAAAAUAUUAGAAUCUUUUUCUCUUGAGGAUUUCUGGUUUCCAGUUGACUGGAUGACUUUCUUCCGUCUGCAAGAAAAAUAACACAUUUGUCAGAAUAUGAGGGAAGUAACACUAAACUGCAGACUGAGUUUGAAUUUGAUCAUAAAACUCACAGCUGUGUCGUCCUCUUUGUACACUUUUAUGGUCUUGUCGGCCUCGGCGGUGAUCAAUCUGCUCUCGGUUUUAUCAAACAAGCAGGCAAAGAUGCCCGACUCGCUGUCCAGAGAUCCUGGCUGCACAGCGGCGUGGAUCCUCUGGAAGUUGUAGCCCGUCCUCCAGUCCCACAUGUGGAUGGUUCCAUUGUCGGCUAAAGACAAAUGUGUGUCAAAUACUGACUCCAAUCCAAUCUUAUUGAAGCAACAAUAAACAGGGUAAUCAAUAUACUGUACCUCCUGACACCAAAACGCCGUCCGAGUUAACAGCCAGCGUGUUGAUGAUGGCGUUGUGGCCAGACAGGUUCUGAAUGAAGUUGCCAUCGGGGAACUUCCACUGCUUGAUGUUGUCAGCAGAACCUGAUGCAAAUGUGUAUCUGUAAAAAAAUAAAAUAAAAACAAAACUUAAUUGCA